CCAAAAUGGCGGCACUAUUGAAAAGUUUGCAGCUGUUUUUGUUUUACUUUAUAAUAUUUGGUCCCUCUCUUACCACGUCUGAAUAAAUCGUUGUUUUGCGCGCAAUAAAGAGAAUACGUGAUUUGUUUCCGAUCCACGGACGGGUGAUAUGGAUCGGUGUUUUUGUACCGGGGCGGUUUGUUUAGUUUAGAUUGGUAAAGCGCCACCGUUGACGUGUAUGAGGCAGAUGGCACUGAACCCGUGGACAUCGCUCCUGGUCAAAUAAAGUUAAAAUGAAGAGCAUCUGCACGCAGAGAUGGAGGAUGAUGUAAAGAAAGUUAAAAAGCCAGGUAUUGUGUCUCCGUUCAAGCGGGUGUUUCUGAAAGGAGAGAAGGGGAGAGAUAAGAAGGCUUCGGAGAAGUCCACAGAGCGCAGGGCCCUCCACACAUUCUCUCUUUCUCUCCCGGACCACCGCAUCGACCCAGAUAUUCUGCUGAAUGACUACAUCGAAAAGGAAGUUAAGUAUCUGGGACAACUAACGUCAGUUCCUGGAUAUCUCAAUCCUUCCAGUCGCACGGAAGUUCUACAGCUAAUCGACAAUGCCAGGAAGACUCAUCAGUUGGCCGGGCAGCUGACAUCAGAGCAGGACGCUGUUGUCAGUCUGUCUGCGUAUAAUGUGAAGCUUGUGUGGCGUGACGGUGAGGACAUUAUUCUCCGUGUGCCCAUCCACGACAUCGCGGCCGUGUCCUACAUUAGAGACGACUCGCUCCACCUAGUGGUGCUUAAAACAGCUCAGGAGCCCGGAGGUUCUCCAUGUCACAGUACAGAGAUGUCAAAAUCUCCCACUCUGAGCUCUCUGUCAGAGAGCGGGGCAGUUCUGGUGGAGGUCUGCUGUCUGCUUGUGCUGGCCGUUGAUAACAAGGCGGCAGCAGAAGAGCUUUGCUUACUCCUCAGUCAAGUCUUCCAGAUCGUCUAUACGGAGUCUACCAUUGACUUUCUGGACAGGGCUAUAUUUGACGGAGCCACAACCCCCACCAGACAUCUCUCUAUCUGUAGUGAGGACUCUUCCAGCAAAGAUGUCAAAGAAGUGUUUGAGGCAGAGACUGGCAAAUAUGUGUUCCAGAGCUCUCUGGAGGCGGGGCACUCGUCUUGCCCCUCCCCUUCCUCCAAUCCAGCCUCUUCACAAACCCAAACAGUCAGUGAGAGUGAACUGAGUACAACGGCCACUGAACUGCUUCAAGACUACAUGACAACUCUGAGGACAAAGUUGUCCUCUCAGGAGAUCCAGCAGUUUGCCACACUGUUACACGAGUACAGGAACGGGGCGUCCAUCCACGAGUUCUGCAUCAACCUGAGGCAGCUGUAUGGAGACAGCAGGAAAUUCCUCCUUCUUGGACUGAGGCCUUUCAUUCCUGAGAAGGACAGCCAGCACUUUGAGAACUUUUUGGAAACCAUCGGCGUGAAAGACGGUCGGGGCAUCAUAACCGACAGCUUCGGCCGUUACAAACGCACGGCGAGCUCUGCGUCAGACUCCACCACCAAUGGUAACGGGGCUGCGGGUGGCUCCGAUGAGGGAGCGGCCCCCUCUGAGGGUGACGAGUGGGACCGCAUGAUUUCAGACAUCAGCAAUGACAUUGAAGCGUUAGGAAGCAGUAUGGACCAGGACGGUUUAUCAUCUUGAUGUCACGGCACUCAUAGUGGGUUUUGGCCAAUCACCCCUUGAUAUAAUCACAGACCUAUGGUCCACGUUGCUGUCUGUCAAAUCUGACAAUGCUGGAUUUCAAUACUGUACAAGGAUACUGUAUAGAGAGACCACUCUACGCCAUAUGAUCACAAUGUCAUCAUUUGGAUUUGAUUAUUGUGAUGUGCACAAGGAUCCUCUAUUGCUGUAGACAGCAGUUAUAUUCAUGUUUGUUUGGCAGUAUCUGCUACCACUAAAGACUGUGGGGCUGGUAGAUCUUCCUCUUUCAUGCUGAUUUGAGACCAGUUCACUUGAGAUCUAAUUUAAUAGAUAAGUCUGUGUUUUUAUGGUCUUCUGAUCAGCGUAAAUGAGUUCAUUCUACCUGGAGUGUGGAGCAUUGCCAGGCGGCCUUCUCGAACCGUGUUCCAGAUGCCUUUAAAAUACUAUUGUGUUUUGUAACCUGAUGGAAAGGAAAUGCAGUGUAUUUCCUCCCAUACUAAAGUGUAAAUCAAAUCUUGACCCUCAGUGUAUUUCACACCCAUAUAUUAUCUUGUUACACUUUUGUUCUAUAAGCAUAGUUUUCACUCUUAAGUAUAGGAGUCUAUAUUGUCUUUAGCCAGGAUCGCUUAUAAAAAUGACCCAACUAUUAUCAUGUGGUUUUCUUCAGGUAGGAAAAUGUAGCACUAUAUAUUUUUGGUUUUGACUGAAAACUUGGAUAUUUGACAAGGUCAGUUUUCUGGCUGAAUGAGAAUACAAUAUUCUGUACACUGCAUUAAAUCCGUCUCGCCAUUUGUUUGUAUUCUCUGAGUUUUCAGCAAUCUAACAUUUGUGCCUUGCAGAAUAGCUCCUCAUUGUAUCAUCCAACAUGGAUGUGAGAAAUAUUCUGUCAUCUUUACAGACAGGACUGAAAUAUGAAUCUAUUAAAAAAGUGCAGCACUUAAAUCA